UCGAAUUACUAAACUUGCAUCGCGGUCAAGGAAUGGAAAUACAUUGGAGAGAUACAAUGACAUGCCCUUCUGAAGCUGAAUUUAUUGAAAUGGUUUCAAAUAAAACUGGUGGUCUGUUAAGAUUGGCAGUUAAACUUAUGCAACUAGAUUAUGUACCACUGGUUAAUGAUAUUGGCAUCCAUUUUCAUAUUCGUGAUGAUUACAUGAAUUUGCAAUCGAAUAAG